UAAACAAACAGACAACUUCCAACUCCGAGUUCGUUAACAAAUUGCAUUCUUCCUUGCAACAUACACAAUGGGGAGUCUUGUUUAGCUUCUGACAAACAGAGCUGAAUGCAGGUCUUUCAUCAUGGCAGGAAGGUUUUGGAAAGAAGCUGCAUCACUUAUUAUUGUUGGCAGAGCAGCAAAUUCUGGACUACAGAAAUGUGGUCGACAUCAUGCUGAUUAUAAUCUUCUCUUUUUGAAACGGAGUCAAAAGAGUAGAUUCAUGCCAAAUGCUUUUGUGUUUCCAGGUGGAGUGAUAGAAAAUUCAGAUUUUUCACAAGAAUGGCUUGAAAUUUUUGAAAAAUGUGGUUACUCAUCUGAAUACCUUUAUAAAGACUUCCGAUCCAGUGGGUCGCUUCCAGAAAUGUAUAGCAAUAAACCUCUCAAAUCCCUCCUCCCGGAAGUUGGCUUUCGGAUAAAUGCCAUCCGCGAAACCUUUGAGGAAUGUGGCCUCUUAUUGUCCUCACAUCAUCAAGAGCCCAGUCUCAGUCGGCAGGAUUUGAAGGAAUGGCAAGAGGCAGUGCAUAAAGAUUCUCUAAAGUUUUUGAAGUUUUUCCAAGAAUUUGGAGGGUGCCCAGCCAUCUGGCAGCUACAUGAGUGGUCUAACUGGCUCACCCCAACAAAGAUGAGCAGCCGGAGGUUUGACACUAUUUUCUUCAUCACCUUCUUGGAUACCAUACCGGAGCUAAACCAUGAUGACAAGGAAAUCUCAGGGAUACAGAUAUCAUCAGUAAGCAGCAUUCUGAGACAGUGGAACAAUGGAGACCUGUGGCUUCCUCCUCCCCAGUUGUAUGAAGUCAGUCGUUUUCUGCAGUUCACACACUUUGACAAAAUGAAAUGUUUUGCACAAGACCGUGCCAAAAAAGGCCUGGAACAAUAUUUACCAGUGCGAGUCAACACAAACAAUGGUGUUAUAAGUGUUCUACCAGGGGAUGACCUCUACCCUAAGGCACCAGACCUGUAUGGAGAAGAAGACAUACAAAGUAUUGAUGCAUCUCAAGAGGAACUUCGCCAGAAUGCUCAGUGCUUGCAUCGGAUGGAGUUCAAUAGUCGUCAUAACUGUCAAAUUUUCAUGAAUAUUUCGCCCAGGAAUGGCCAUGUGAAACCUGCAGAUUUUACGGGUUUGCUUGAAGAUUCAAAAUUGUAAGACUGCUGUAAAUAGUAAUUGUAUUUGUACUAAUAAGAGUGAUAUUAUUUUUGAUACAUUUGGUACAUAAAGUUGAGCAAAUAAUACAUUUUUAAAAGUGAAAUGAUUUAACUGUAAAUAUAAAAUGUUUAAGAAUUGACAGUGAAUCUGAUUAAUUUAUUUCUAUUUAUGUUGCUGUUUAUUUGAUAAAAGAAAUUCU